UCUCUUCCGGUGUCAUGGCGUCAAUUGCAAGGACAGGGUAAAAUGGGAGCACUAGAUGUUUGCUAGACCACUAUUUUUUGCUUCUAUUCGCUGUGGACUGCUUAGAAAGAACCUGGGAGACCUCCAAACUACGCAAUGCAACAGAUCUGAAAGCCAGAAGUUUAUAAGUGUCUGUGAUGCAGGACCUCAUAGCCACAACUGCUCUCCUUAAACUUAUGCAUGAGGUGGUGAUCUUUGAGGAUGUGGUCGUGAACUUCAGCAAUGAAGAGUGGAGUUUGCUGAGUCCAUCCCAAAAGAACCUCUACAGAGAUGUGAUGGGUGAAACUUUUAGCAACAUGAUUGCGAUAGGAGGACUUGGGGAUAUCCAGGAAGCUGAAAAAGAAUGCAAAAUUUACUGGAGAUACUUAAGCAAUGACAAGCUAGGGAAAUCCUAUGGACAUACAUCUUGGAAUCUGUGUAAAGAAGUAUUCCUUUGUACUGCAGGAGGUAAUGUGAAUGUGAAAGAAACAGAAACACACCACAAUGUUCAGAUCCAUGAAAAAUAUUGCAGUGGAGGGAAACCCUAUGUAUGCAAGCAAUGCGGGAAAGGUUUUACUACACAUGGAAUUUAUAAGAAACAUGAAAGAAUUCACAGAGGAGAGAGACCCUACAUAUGUAAGGAAUGUGGGAAAGCUUUUACAACACAUACAUAUUGUCAAGUACAUAAAAGUCUUCACUCCGGAGAAAAACGUUAUAAAUGUAGGCACUGUGAGAAAGCUUUCGGCACACGUACUUAUUGUGUAAUCCAUGAAAAAUUUCACACUGAGCAGAAAUUGCAUAUAUGUAAGAAAUGUGGGAAAGCUUUUAGAAGCAACAUUCAUUGUCAAAUACAUGGAAAUCUUCACACUGGAGAGAAACCAUAUGUAUGUAAGCAAUGUGGGAAAGGUUUUAACACACAGGGAAAUUGUAAGAAGCAUGAAAGAAUUCACACUGGAGAGAAACCAUAUGUAUGUAAGCAAUGUGGGAAAGCUUUUACCCAACAUGGACAUUGUAAGCAACAUGAAAGAAUUCACACUGGAGAGAAACCAUAUGUGUGUGAGCAAUGUGGGAAAGCUUUUAACACACGUGCAUAUUGUAAGUUUCAUGAAAGAAUUCACACUGGAGAGAAACCUUAUGUAUGUAAGCAAUGUGGGAAAGCUUUUAUGACACUAGGACAUUGUAAGGAACAUGAGAGAAUUCACACGGGUGAGAAACCCUAUGUAUGUAAGCAAUGUGGGAAAGCUUUUACCAAACAUGGACAUUGUAAGGAACAUGAAAGAAUUCACACUGGAGAGAAACACUAUGUAUGUCAGCAAUGUGGGAAAGCUUUCAACACAAGGGGUGGUUGUAAGAAACAUGAAAGAAUUCACACUGGAGAGAAACCUUAUGUAUGUAAGCAAUGUGGGAAAGCUUUUAACACACAUAGAUAUUGUAAAGAACAUGAAAGAAUUCACACUGGAGAGAGACCAUAUGUAUGUAAGCAAUGUGGGAAAGCUUUUAACACACGGACAGAUUGCAAGAAACAUGAAAGAAUUCACACUGGAGAGAAACCUUAUGUAUGUAAGCAAUGUGGGAAAGCUUUUAACACAAGGGGAGGUUGUAAGAAACAUGAAAGAAUUCACACUGGAGAGAAACCAUAUGUAUGUAAGAAAUGUGGGAAAGCUUUUAACACACGUACACAUUGUAGGAUUCAUGAAAGAAUUCACACUGGAGAGAAACCCUUUGUAUGUAAGCAGUGUGGAAAAGGUUUUACCAAUUCUGGAAAUUGUAAGAAACAUGAAAGAAUUCACACUGGAGAGAAAACAUAUGUAUAAGCAAUGUGGGAAAGUUUUUACCCUACAUGGACAUUGUAAGCAACAUGAAAGUUCACAUUCAAGAUAAAAUCAGUGUAUAUAAGCAUCAUGAGAAUGAUUUGAGCACACAUACAUAUUGCAUAAUGCAUGAAAAUCUUCACGCUUGGCAGAAAAAUUAUAUAUGUAAGUAAUGUGGGAAACGUUUCAGCAGAAAUGCUCAUUGUCCAAUACAUGAAAAAAUUACACUGUUGAGAAAGCCUGUGUAUGUGAAGAAUGUGGGAAAGCUUUCACCACACAUGGAUACUGUAAAAUACAUCAAUGACUUCACACUGGUGAGAAACCCAAUGUAUAUAACAAUGUGGUAAAGCUUUUACUGCAUACAGUCAUUGCAAAACACAUGAAAGAAUUCAGACUGGGAAGAACCACCAGCUGUGUAAGCAAAUGGAGACACUCUCAGCAGCCAGACUGUAAGUGAAAUACAUGAAAAAACUCACACUAGAGAUAAAUCUUAUGUAUUAUGGGAAUACUCUCAGCACACAUGAUCAUUGUUACAUAUCUGAAAAAACUCACUGGGUAGAGAUCCUAUGUGGAUUCACAAUGUGAGAAAUAUGGCAAUCCAUGUGUGUUGUUAAAUACAUAGAAAAAAGUAUCGCUCCUCAGACAGUUUAGAUCUAAGUUUACUUUUAAAAUCCCAAGGAGACCUGAAGAAAUAACCAAUACAGAAGUUUGAUGUGAAUAUAUAUUCAUAAAUUUUCCAGAAACGACAAAUCUGUGGUGGAGCUCUACUAGAGUGCACAUGUUGUAUGGUUUUCAGUUAACCACUUGUACCUAUUUAGAUUUUUUAAAAUGUCUUGGUGCUUCAACACGACAUCUUGUAAUUAAACAUGGUAAACUGAAAUGGGCUUUUAACUUUCAAGUAUGGAUAGUUUCUAUGUACUUAAUAUCUUGUCUUUAAAAUUGAAUUUUUAUGUUUUUUGGUAAAUUGCAAUGUUUAUUUAAAGAGAUAAAACAGAAAAAAGUGUAGAAAUAAUACAGAAUUUCAGAAAAUUAAACAAUAAGAAAUCACUAGUUGAUUAGUUACAUAUUUUCAUCUUAGGAGUAGUUGUUCAAGUUACAAAAUAAAGCGUACAAAGUGAUAUUCAAAUAAUGACACUGCGAAAAGUUCACCUCAAUGAUCCAACAAAAACUUAUUAAAAUGCUUAUCUGUCCUUCACACUUGUUUUAUUUCUUAAAGAGGGUAAGAUUAAACAUGACAAAACAGAACAGAACAGUUCAUAAGAAAACAAGUUAAGGAAACACAGAUUUCAAAGCACGUCCACUGGAGAUUCACUGUCUAUUUUACUGUCUCUAGUUUUCUUCCAAAUAGUUGUCCCCAUCUAGAAUGCAUUGCAUAUAUACUGAAGGUCAUAGAACUAAUCAAAUAAUUACAGGAUGAUGUAGGCUUUUUCAGUCUUCAAACUGAUUUUGGGGAAGUCGAUAAUGACUACCACAAUGUCUCUCAUUCUCUUCAGAGUAGCUGUCUUUAUAUUUGUGUAUGCUGAAAUUGAACAUCAGAGAAUAGACUAAUAUCACUCUCAACAGUGAAUAAUAGCAUCCUGAGAAGGAGAAAGGUGAGGAAUUGCCUAAAAAAAGAAGGCAGAGGGCAUUGUUAAAAGUGUAUCAGGAUUUAAAUGUUACCAUAGACUUAUUGCUCUGAUUAGUUUGAUUAUAUUUUGUUCCAGCCUGUCUACUCAUAUUACAUUUGAGGGCACAGAGAGAUAACACAAAAAAUAGCAGGUUAUGCCAUGGUAACUAUCCUUAAUUACCUAUUAACUUAAACUGAAACCCUGUAUUACUUGCAUUGUCUUCUAUGACUGAUCUUCUUUGAAGCUGAUUUGUUUGAAUGCUAUUUGGCCUUGACUGAUUUUAUUCACAUUUGGUAUGCUUGCUUGUACCAAGUCCAAGAUUAGAGGCAACUACUGUGAAGGUGACAAGAUGUAAAAUAUGUACUUUGGGGAGCAGGGGAUUUAGCUCAGUGGCAUAAGAACCUGCCUGGCAAAUGUGAGGUCGUGAGUUUGAUCUCCAGUACCAAAAAUAAUUUAAUAAAAGAUAUCCAUUCCAGGUUUGAUUAUUUUUUUAUUUAAAGAGAAAAAAGAAAGGAAAUAAAAAAAACAACGCAUUAAAAGUGUAUAAAUAAUACAGAAUUUCAAGAAAAGUAAUACAGUAAGAAAUCACUUGUUAAUAGGUUACAUAUUUUCAUCUUAGAAACAGUUGUCCAAAUUAUAGAAUUAAAGCAUAUAAAGUGGACAUUCAUACAGUGAGAUUGCAGACAGUUCCAUUCAAUGAUCCAACAAAAGCUCAGUAAUAUCGCUUUCCAUCCUACACACUCAAACAUGCAGUUAUAUCCCUUAGACCACCUUCAUUUCCUCUCUUUUUUACAAUAACAAUUACAGUUUUUGUGUUUUUUUACUGCCACAGUUCUAAUUACUUUUUUUUAAGAGAAUAAAACCUAACAUGACUGAAAAAAAAAAGAUUCAGUUAGAACAGAAGGAUGGGCAUAGUACAUGAUGCAAAAAUAGAAUAUCAGGUGAUCAAAAAUGGUUAUGAGUGUGCCUCUUGCUAUUUUUAAAAAGAGUUGCCCAUCUCAUCAGGUAUAAUAGAAUUGAUCAAAACAGUACAGAAUAAGACCAAUAAAACCUACACUGGAGACCUUACAGUAUUUCAAAACAAGAUAAUAGUCAAACCAUAAUGGGCAUGAUAGUAAAUCUUAUUGCCUUCAUAGUGGCUGCCUAUACCCUCAAAUUUGAUGCUAUCAAACAAUACAGAAUUCAGUAAAAUCAGACAGAAAAAGAUGGGGAGAGCUAUAGUGGGGUUCAAAUCAGGUUAAUAAGAAAACAAAAAUGUUACUAUAAUAUAUCCUGCUAUUUUUUAAUUUAGUUUUCCCUUAAUUGAAAAAAAUUAAGAAAACAUAGAUUAAUUUUUGAAAAAGAGUGGAGAUUGAGAUAAAAGAGGACAUUGUAAUAGAACAACACAGGUCAGAACCGAACUAUUUAAGCAUCAUUGUGUUUCACCCCCAAAUAAUCUAACAUGAUAUUAGUCACCAUAGUGCCUCUUUCCUAGAAUUAUUUGAGUAUAACUUCAUGUACUGUAGCAUCAAGCAUCAAGACAGUGUGAAGGCAUUCAAGAGAAUGAAAGAAUUACAGUGUACUUAGAACCAGUUAACAGAAAAUGAAAAAUGAUUUCUAUAUUAUCUCUUUGCCUGUAAAAGUUUUGUUUAUACUAUCGCAUAUAGUAAAAUAUAGAAAGAUACAACAUGUUAAAACCAGUGGAAACAGAUGUACAACAGCUUGAUGGGACUUUGAAACAAUAUGCUAUUAAAUCAGCAGUAGCUUUUUGAUGUGUUGUUUUCUUCAGAAUAGCUAUUUGUACUAUCACUGAUACUAAAAUCGAGCAACCCAGGUUAAAACCAUUGCACUUAAUGAGUGAAAACAUAUGGAUUCAAACCAAUAUGAUUGGGAAUCAUAGUUACCACAUACUUCUAUGUAUUCUUAUCACUUUUUACACUAGGGAAAAUAUUCGGUAUUUAUACAUCUGACUUUGAUUUAUUUCACUUAUGAGUAUGGUCUCAAGCUGCAUCCAUUUACUUACAUCUCAAUGUGAUCAUUCUUUAUAGCUGAGUAGUACUCCAUUGUAUAAAAAUACCACAACUUUUUAUCCAUUCCUCAGUUGAUGGGCACUUAGGUUGUUUCCAAGAUCUGGCUAUUACAAAUUGUGUGGUUAUAAACAUGGGUGCACAUAUAUCUCUGUGGUAUGAUUAUUUCAGUUCUUCUGGGAAUAUGCCUAGAAAUGGAAUAGGUGGGUCAAAAGGUGCUUCCAGUCCCAGCUUUCUGAAUAAUCUCCAGACUGACCUUGUCAAUGGUUUCACUAGUCUACACUCCCACCAACAGUGCAGGAGAGAUCCUUUUACCCCACAGCCUCUCCAGCAUUUGUUGUUGGUUUUAAUGAUCUCAGCCAUUCUUUCAGGAAUGAGAUGAAAUCACACGGUGGUUUUAAUUUGCAUUUCUCUAAUGACUAUUGAUGGUGAACAUUUUUUCAUGUAUUUAUUUGCCAUUUGUAUUUCUUCAUCUGAAAAUUGUUUAUUCAUCUCAGAUGGCCAUUUUUGGAUUGGGUCUUUGAAUUUUGGGGGUCAGAUUUUCUUUUAAUUCUUUAUAUGUUUUAGACAGAAGUCCUUUGUCUGAAGGGCAGUUCACUAAAAUGUUUUUCCCAGUUUUGGGUUUUUUUUUUUUUUUUCACUAUGCUGGAGAUUUCUUUUGACGUGCAGAAAUUUUUUAAUGAGGCCAUCCCAAUUAUUGACGCUGGGAAGUAUUUCCCAUGUGGUUUGAGUUCUGUUCAUGAAUUCUCUACCUCCUCUUAUGCCUUCAAGGUUUUUACCCAAUUUGUCUUCCAAUAGAUUUAGUGUUUCUGUUUUAAUAUUUAGAUCUUUGAUCCAUUUAGAUUUUAUUUUAGUACAUGGUAAUAGGCAUGGGUCUUACUUUUAGUUUUGGGUGUAGGGAGGGCCAGUUUUUCACCACUAUUUAUUACAGAGACUGUCUUCCAGUGAACAUGUUUGGCCUCUUUAUCAAAGAUAAGGUGGUUGUGUAUGUUUGUAGUUUUGUUGUAUCUUCUAAUCCAUUCCACUGAUCUUUGGCUCAGUUUUGGUUCCAGUACCAUGUUGAUUUUACUACAGUUGCUUUGUAGUAUAACUUCAAGUCAGGGAUUGUGAUAACUCCUGGCUUGCCUUUGCUACUUUUAACUGUCCUUGCUGUUCUAGGUUUCUUCUCACUCCAGAUGAAUUUUAGGGGUGAUUUCUCAAUUUCUAUGAGGUAUGUUGAUGUUUUUUAAUCGAGAUUGCAUUGAAUCUGUAUAAAUUUUUUGUGAAAAUGGCCAUUUUCACAAUAUUUAUUCUUCCUAUCCAUGAGCAAAGGAUGUCUUUCCAUUUUCUGAGAUCAUCUUCAGUUUCAUCUUUCAGGGUGUUAUAAUUUUCCCUGUAUAGGUCUUUUACUUCUUUCAUGAGAGUAAUUCCUAAAUAUUUCAUUUUUUUGGUUGCUAGUGUUAAGGGUGUGGUCUCUUAUUUGUCUCUCUGUAGCUUUGCUGUUAGUGUAUAGGAAUGUUAUUGAUUUUUGAGCAUUGAUUCUGUAUCCAGCUACAUUACUGAAUUUAUUAUAUCUAGGAGUCUUUCAAUGGAGCUUCGGGGAUCUUCUAUAUAAAGUGUCAUGUCAUCUGCAAAUACUUAUAAUUUAACUUCUUCUUUUCCUAUCUUUAAGCCUUUUAUUUCUCUCUCUUGUCUAAUUGCUCUGCCCAGUAUUUCCAGUACUAUAUUAAAUUGGAGUGGUGAUAAGGGACAUCCUUGUAUUGUCCCUGAUUUUAAAGUAAAUAUCUUCAAUUUUUGUCCAUUUAGUAUGAUACUGACUGUUGAUUUGUCAUAGGCAGCCUUAAUUAUAUUGAGGUAAAGACCAUCUAUUCCAAUUUUCUGUAAGGUUCUUAUCAUAAAUGAAUGUUUGACCUUAUCAAAAGCUUUUUCUGCAUCUAUAGAUAUGAUCAUGUGAUUCUUACUUUUGGCUCUAUUGAUAUAGUGUAUUACAUUUAUUGAUUUACAUAUAUUAAACCAUCCCUGCCUGCCUGGGAUGAUUCCCACUUGGUCGUGGUGUAUGAUCUUGAUGAUUUGCUGCAUCCUGUUUGCCAAUAUUUUAUUGAAGAUUUUUGCAUCUGUGUUCAUUAGGGAGAUUGGUCUGUAGUUCUCUUUUUCAGUUGGGUCCUUCUCUGGUUUUGGUACUAGAGUAAUAUUUGCUUCUAGGAACAAUUUAGGAAGGAUUGCUUUCCUUUCAAUAUCAUUGCAGAUUUUGAGGAUUGUUGGCAUUAGGUCUUUUUUUUUUUUUAUUUCUUGUAGAAUUCUGCAGUGAAUCCAUCUGGGCCGGGGCUCUUCUUUGUAGGUAAAUAUUUAAUUUCAUCUUUAAUUUCAUUAAUAGAAAUUGGGUUAUUCAGUAGUUUUACAUCUUCAUUACCUAGCUUUGGUACUUCGUAUGCUUCCAGGAAUCUGUCUAUUUCCUCUGUGUUAUCAAACCUUUGAGAGUAGAGGUUUUCGAAAUAGGUGUUGAUGAACUUCUGUAUUUCAAUAGGGUCUGCAGUAAUUUCACCUCUUUCAUUCUUUAUUGCAUGAAUUUGAACUUUUUGUUCCCUUUUUAAAAUAAGGUUGUUUAGGGGCUUAUCAAUUUUAUUUAUUCUUUCAAAGAACCAGCUCUUUGAUUCGUUGAUUUUUUUGGAUUGUUUUUUUAGUUUCUAUUGCAUUGAUUUAUUUUCUGAUUUUUAUAAUUUCUUCUCUUCUUUUGGUUUUGUGCUUGACUUGCUCUUCUUUUUCUAGAUGUUUGAGGUGUAACAUCAGGUUAUUUAUUUGUAUUCAUUCUGUUUUCCUAAUGUGGGAACUCAGUGCAAUAAAUUUUCCUCUGAGAACAGCUUUCAUUGCAUCCCUCAGAUUUCAGUAAGUUGCCUUUGUGUUUCCAUUUGUUUGUAGGUAUUGUUUAAUUUCUUCUUUAAUUUCCCCUGUGACACACUGAUUAUGCAAGAGUGUGUUAUUCAGGUUCCAUGUGUUUGUGGGAUUUUUGCAGUAUCUUUUAUCAUUAAUUUCUAUAGCAUGCAAGGGAUAAUUUUGACACUUUUGCAUUUUAAAUACAUUCUAUGAAUUAAUAUAUGGUCUAUUUUAAAGAAUGAUCCAUGUACUGCUGAGAAGAAUGUGUAUUCUGUUGUGGUUGGGUGGAAUACUCAGUAUAUGUCUAUUAAGUCCAUUUGUUCAAAGGUGCGAUUCAGUUCUUUUAUUUCUUUGUUGAUUUUCUGUCUGGUUGAUCUGUCCAUUGGUAUCAAUGGUGUGUUAAGGUCUCCUGUUACAAUUGUGUUACUGCUAAUUUGGUUUUUCAUUUCUGUUAGUACUUAUUUUAUAUAACUGGGUGCUCUGGAGUUUGGUGCAUAUAUAUUUAAGAUAACAAUCUGUUCCUCUUGGAGUUUUCCCCUAACCAGUGUGUAGUGACCUUCUAUAUCCCUUCUGAUCAUUACUGGCUUUAAGUUUAUAUUGUCGGCAAAUGGAAUAGCUACCCCUGCUUUUUUGGGGGUUCCUGUUGCAUGAAGUAUUGUUUUCUAUCCUUUGACUUUUAGUCUGUGAAUAUCCUUUUGCAUUAGAUGGUGUUCUUGGAAACAGCAUAUCAUUGGAUUUUGUUUCUUGAUUUACUCUGUCAGUCUGUUUCUUUUAAUUGGUGCAUUGAAACCAUUUACAUUAAUGGUUAGAACUGUUGUAUAUUGGUUUAUUGUUGACAUGUUAUUUUUCUGCUGUUGCAACUUUAUCUUUCUGCUCUGUUUAAUUGUCUGCUUUGUUAAUGGCUUUUUCGUAAAUGUAUCUAGGCUCUCUCAGUAUUCUCUGCAGGGUUGGAUUGGUGAUCAUGAAGUUUUUCAGCUGUUCUUUGUAAUGGAAGUAUCUUAUUUCUCCAUCAAUUUUGAAGGACAGUUCUGCAGGGUACAUCAGGCUAGGUUGGAAAUAAUUUUCCUUUACAAUCUGAAAUACUUCACUACAUGUUCUUCUUGACUUUAUUGUUUGUGCUGAGAAGUCUACUGUGAUUCUGAUAGGUUUUCCAUUAUAGGUGAUCUGUCUCUUCUCUCUGACAGCUUUUAAUAUUCUAUUCUUUUGUUCAAUUUCUGUGAUGGUCACUGUUAUAUGGGUGUAAAUUUAUUUUGGUUAUGGCUAUUUGGAGUUCUAUAUGCUUCAUUGACUUUGAUAUCAGUUUCCAAUCUCAUGUUUGGGAAUUUUUCAGCUAUUACUUCUCUAAAUAUCCUCUUGACAUCCUUUAUGUUGUCCUUCUUUUUCAUUUAUCCCUAUCAACCUUAUGUUGUUCUGUUUUGCAUCACCUUGCAGGGGUUGAAUAGUUAUUUCCUGAUUUCUUGUGUUAUUUUUAAAAGAUCUUUCCUUUCCUGUUCACUGGCUGCAAUUUUGUCUUUGAGGUCUGAGAUUCUAUCUUCACAUUCAUUGAGGCAGUUUUUACAACUAUCAAUGGAGUUUUUGAUUUCCUGUAUAUCACUUUGCAUCUGCUUUAUGCAUUCCAUUUGUUUCUUAUAGAGUUCAUCCAGGGAUUCUGUCUUUUGUUUAGUUCCUCCAAUUUUUUAACUGUGUCUUCUUAGAUAUGUUCAGAAUCUCCUUCAUUUCUUUUAAUAUUUCUUCUUUUACCUACGAGAUUAUUUCUAGUUUGAAUUUCUUUAAUGCUUCCCAAAGUUGCUUCUUUAUUUCAGUUACUAUUAUUUCAGGUAUUUCAGUUAUGUGGAAUGUGUUUUCUUCUAUGCACAUGGCUCCUAGGCUUUUUUGGGAUGGGAUGGAUGUUUGAGAUUGCAUUUUGGACUUUCGUUCUGUCAUUUUGCUGUAUUUUCAAGCUUCAAGUGUCAUUCCAAGUGAGUGAGCGAGUUCACCCAGACUGGCCCGGGAUUCCAUGCCUCGGUUGAACUUGCUGUCAAGGUAGGGAGUUACCCCAGACUGGAAUUGGAAUCUGUACCUCGGCCCCACUCGCUAGUCUGGGCAGGAAUCCGCGGGCUGGUCCCCAGGUGAGGAAGUGUUACCCCAGACUGGGAAAGGAUUCUGUGCCUUGGCCCAACUCCCUGGUUCUAAUUUGCUUGUCCCAAAUCACUGGGCCUAGUGGGCAACUAUGGGCUGGUCCCCAGGUGAGGAAGGGAGUUCCCCCAGACUGGGAUGAGAUUCUGUGCCUCAGCCCGACUUGCUGGUCUUGGCAGGAAAUCAUGGGCUCUACAUCAGGUUGGAUUAUUGACUGCUUUAACAUCCUACAAUGUCUUCAAAGUUGUGUUUUUAUAAAAAAUACCUAUAUAAUGUUAUGCUUAAUUAUAUAGUUCCUGAUGAUGUGGACAAUUCUACUGAAAAUUAUAAGAGAAAGCAUAGUAAGUACUGUAUAUCACCUAAUAUUGUGGUCUUAUAUGUCUCUUUCAUAUCUUGAUUUUCUAGGAAAUUGUUUUGUUGUCUUAUUUUGAGCUGUUUUACCCCAUAACACAGAAAGGAUAGAUAUACACAUAGAGAUUCACACAUGGGAAGAAUUUCUAACCUAUUUAUUGGAACAAAUAACAUAAUGCAUAAUGUAAUGAACAGAUACUCUGAAGAAGAAGUGACACUAAGAAACCCAAUGCUAAUUCUGUAGCAUUAUGAUAUAAAAUUGAGCAAUACUAUUAUUCACUGUUCAGAGUGAUAUUAGUCUAGUCUCUUAUUUUUUGGGGGAAUUGUAAUUUUAACACGGCAUUGCUUUAAUCUUUUGAUGCACAUGCUUUAUUUUCUCUUUCAUAAAUGAUGAUUUUGAAGUUGAUGCAAUAUUUGGCCUUAAGAUAUACAUUUGUAGAGGCUUGGAAUAUGUGUUUUUGACAAAGUUGUGUUCUUUUCACAUAACUUGUACAUUAAUGAAUGUUAUGUAUUACAUAUUGUGACGAGAUCAGAUACCUGCUGAUUUCCUAACAUCACUGGGUAUCAUACCACGUACAUUAUGUUGCCUGAUUUUCUUUUUCAGUGGAGCCAAAAUUUGUCAUUUACGUAAACCUUUGUUUUUCUAACAAUCAGAAUUUUACUUGUUAUGUUUACAUUACAUCUUUUUUGGAUAGCAAGGUUUCCCCACUCGUACCAAAUGUAAACCAUACUACUGUGAAUUUCUGAUUGUGCCAUACUGACAGAAUCAUAACUUGUCUCCAAUAGCACAACACAAUAUAUAUAUCAAUAUCUCCAGAAAUUAUAAAACUUGGCAUAAUUUAUGAGUAACCAUACUUGGAAAUCAAUUUUUCUUAAUUGUUGAGUUGUUUUGGUUUAAAAGGUUGUUAUUGGAUGUAUCAUGCAAAAGCCUUUAUUUUAUUCCUUGAUGCUGUGAAAGCAUUAUAUAUUUUGUAAUUAUUACUGUUUUUUCCUAAAAUACUGAAGUAAUGGCGUAAAGAGAAACCUAAAUUUUGAGCUGUCAACACAGUAAAAAGUAAAUUUGCUAAAUUAAGAUUCAGAUUGUGUCCUGUUUUACUGAAUUGUGCAUUUAUACAAUGGCAUAUCACUUUAUUUAUAAAGACCAGUGCAUGAUGUUUGUGGUGUGUACUGAUUAUCUUUAAACACAUACACUGUGCCAUGAGUCCCAGUUGGUUUCCUGUGGCCUGUGGUUUUCACUUCCAUUUUAACAUUCAUGUAAGGUGUAACGUGUUUAAUGCAGUGUUGUUGAAUAAAAAAUCUGCUUAGGAAUUAUGUUGUUAAAAACUGUGGUGUCAUGAAAACACAAGUGAACAUUGCAGUAAAUACCCCUAAUCCAGUGAAGACACCUUGCCCAAGUCUCAAUUAUCCUGGGGAAAAUAAAUUACUCACAUCUUAUGUAAUCACCACUAAAACUAUAUCUAUUUUGUACCUGAAGAACCUGAUAUACUUCACAAAGUAAAAGACACUGUGAAGUACAUUGUCAGCCUCUAUGCACUACAGCAUGUGGCCAGAUCCCCUGCAGCAUAUUUCUGCUUACCAUCAAUGGGAAUAUUUGGAAUUUGUAUUACAGCUAAUAAUAGAAUACUGAAUCUGUAAGACAUAUAUCCUGACUACAUGCACUUUCUCAUUUUACCAUGAAAGUAAAUCUUGCUGGUCCUUUUGAUGCAUGCUUGUAAUCCUAACACCUCAGGGGGCUCAAAUUUGUGGAAGAGGAAGUUGAGUCUAACCUACACAAUUAGAGUGACCUUGUCUCAAAAUAUAUCUUCAAGUUCUGCAGAUGUAGCUUAAUGCUUGAGAUCUCCUACCUUUCUUGCCCAGUACCAACAUUUUUUAAUACUCACAAUUGCACAUCAGUAGUUGUCCUUUUAUUGGUUGGCCACCUAGCAGUUAUCCCAGAGAAUCACUUGGGAAACACAUUUGUUUAUGCAGUGACCAUCCUGAGCAUCAUUUGGGCAGUUGUCAAUUUAACCCAUUCAUUCUUGUAUUGAAUACAGUAGAAUUGUCACUUUCAUAUUCCUUGUUAUUUUACAAAAACUAACAAUAAGUAUGCAAUUUUUGAUCAUUUUGUAUUUAAAUAAUUGCAUUGGUAAUUGUUACCUAUAAAGAUUAGGCUAAAGAUGAUUUCUUUAGUCCCAGCAUCAGGAGAGAAUGAGAUGGGAUGAUAAGGGCUUUGAAGCUGACUUUGGGAGGCAACUGCUAGAUGAUUUAGCAGAGUGUGAAGCAGUUUUUUUUUUUAUGCCUACAUUUGAAGUUUAAGGAAACAAGUAAGUUGAGGUCAAGAAUUAAAAUGUAUGAUGGGACAAAAGAAUCACUACUGCAAAUUGUGAUUUUUCUUUUACUCAGGAAGUGUGCUAUUUUUGGUAAUUUGUGCAGCAGUCUCAAAUAUGCCUCUAUUGGAGUAAAACAUAGUGAAACAUGAAAGAGCCAGACAUUUCAUGUUCUGAAUGUAGAGGUAGUAAAAAACAUUUUUUAAUACUAUUGCUGCUGUUUUGUGUAGAAAAUAAGAUAGGGUGACAAAACAAGGAAAAAGGACUUUGUAAGAUUUUUGUCCUCCUGCAUAAACAUAGAUGCCACAAAAAAGUCAAACCAAAAGGAUGAAGAAAUAAAGGAUUAAAGAAGAAAUAAAGAAUGAAAUAAAGGAUGAAGAAUGAGAGAAAUUUUGCCUAUUACUCCCUGACAGCUAACAUGUAAAACCAAUAGGAACGUGAAAGGAACACACACUUUUUUACAAUAUGUACAAAUUGUCAAGAAAUAGUUGAAGAAAUAUUGAGCAUUUUUGCACAUGUUACUCUGCUGGACUCCGUGACUCUGAGUGGCUUGUGGCCGAGUAUAGUGACACCUGUCCUGGGCUUCCUCCUGCCUCUGUGUGCCAGAAAGCUGGGGACAGUGAGCCCUAUCCUUUAAUGCCCUUGUCAUUUGGAAUUUGCCAGCAAUCAUCCUAAAGGCUCUGGGAUGAGUGAACCAUUUUUUCAGCCAUUCCCACAUGGACUACUUAUGCGGGAUCCUGAGGCUGUGGUCCCGUGUCCUGGGAAAGCUGCCUAACCUGCUCCCUGCUCACUGUCUUGAGCCAACUGUCUGUGAAGACCAACUGUCACCAGACCAAGGUGCCUGGUGACCUGAGCCUUCAGAGUUCUGUUUGGACCUAUCACCAAGGAAGUGAGGUCAUGCACUGGGGUUCACAGUUUGGCCUUCCUCUGUGAUAUUACCGUUCUUUUUGUUGUAAAACAAAUUUAUGUCCUCCUUAGAAACAACAAGUUAAAAUGCUAGAGUACUGUGUAUACUUUUAGACUUUGCUGCACUUUGAAGAUUUUAAUGCAGCAAACAUGUAGAUGCUUCACAUGUGUCAGGCUGGGUGCCAAACACAAAGGUCCAUCCAAAGAGUCCAUUGUAUCGGAGGAUGAAACACACAUUGUCUUCUGUUAAAGAUUUGUCAAAUGUUAGGAUGACUUCCUUUCCUGGGCUCAUGUUAGUUUCAUUUCAAUUCCAUUAGGAAGCAGACUAGCCAUAAAAAUUUUACCAAACAAUGUGAAGGUCUCAUGUUAUAAACCCCAUAUAUCCAGGGGAGGAGGAUUCAUAGCCAGUUUUACUCUCGCGUGCUUAGGAAUGAUUAUUUAUUCAUCCUUAGACAUUCAACUCAGCUAUACACUGUAGUGCUCCAAACUCUGACCUCCAGGGAGGGGGGACAGCAGGUGGUGAGUACAAGGGAGGUGACAUCAUCACCACACUGAUGAAGGAUAUAUGUACAUCACUCCUGGGGAACUUGUCUCCUAGCUGCUACUGUCACUUCAUUUACUCCCCUCCCAAUCAGACCAUGGGCUUUGGGCCCCUGAUGGGUAGUUUCCUAGAGGUGAUGGUGCUGAACCUUUUCAGUUGCAAUACUCUUUGGUUGGUCUUCUUGAAGCAGUGUUUCCAUGCUGGGCUCUCUCUGUGUUGCCAACACCCACUAUUAUGUGGCUGAACCAAGCACAUGAACCUGUCACCCAUCUUGUGAUUGCCGCUUUUUAUGUUUUUGGGUUGGACUUCAAAAGGGAGCUGCCACAUCCAUUGUUACACAAGCGUUUGAGUGGAUACUGACAUUUAUUUCAAAGAAAAUGUAUUGUAUUGCUGGUGUAUGGAUAACUUAGAAAUUCUUACUGUAUCUUUGGAAGCAGAUGUUUAAAGCAGAGUUAUGUGGUUCUUUUUUUAUUUUGUUUUGUGAUAUUAUGCUAUACUAUAUUAUGCUCUGUUAUGUUAUAUUAUGUUAUAUGUUGGUGUGGAUUUUGAAAGUCCUUCAGAGUGUUUUCAGUACUUUCUGAUUUGGUUUUGUAUAACCAACCUGAUGAACUUUUAGAGUAUCAAAAACUUUGAGGAGUUUUGUUUUGGAGAAAAUUUAAAGAGGAAAACACAAUCAGAGAUGUUGGUGCACACCUGUCAUUCCUGGAUUCGGAAGGCUGAGGCAGAAAUUUUGUGGUGAGUUUUAGGUCAUCCUGGGCUACAAGGGAAGAUCAAGGCCAGACUGAACUGCAUAGCAAAACCCUGUCUGAAGAAAAAAGGAAAGAAGAAAGAGAGCAAAAAAAUGAUAAAAAUGAAAAGUCAAAAAUCAACUUUCUAGUGAGAAAUCUUUGUGAGGUUUUCUUGCAUGUGUACUUUAGUCAGCACACCUAGCAUAAGGUUUACCAUCAUGGAGACAUUGAUGUGCUUCCUGGUGUUUGUACUCUUUCAAUUUUUAAAUACUUUUUACUUAGAUGACUGCAGAUAUGCAGCUAAAUAUAUCCUUUUAGGAUUUGGGUAGUUCAGUAUGAAGAGAUUUUGAUCAUUCAGCUUUUUUUUCUGUCCUAAAUUUAUAUUUAGUACCAGAAUUUGAGCAAAGGAUUACUAUUUUAAUUUGAAAUAGUAAUAAGAAUCACAUAAAAACACACUUUUUAAGUCUAUAAAGAGAUAAAAUAAGUAUAGAUUAAUAGUGAUUAAUGUACCUUGUUUAGUGACUUCUGAGAUUUCUUAAAGAUCAAUAUUUUCAUACAUUUGUAAAAGCUUUGGUUUGGUACAAAUUUUAAGACAUGGUCUCACUAAUUUUCUAAAUGUCCCAGGCUAGGCUUAAACCUUUCCUCAUCAUUCCUCCCUCUCCCAGAGUGCUGGGAUUACAGGUGUAUAUUAUCCUGAGUUGGCAAUUGGUAGCAAUGUUGUGUAUUCAUGCAAUAAAAUGUUUGGCUUUGGUCUUCAGACACUUUGUAGAAGGAGUCACUCUAGUUAAGCUGUCUGACACCUUCCUAGCCUGCAGCUUCUUUCACAGUGAGCAGGACUUAAAAUCACAUUAACACUGUUAGUAGAUUCUCUGCUUUUCUAGCUGUAUUCAGCAGGCACUUCAGAAGAUCACUCCAAAUGCCUUCUGCACUAGGAUUGAGGCUUGGUGUCUUUGAAGCACAUUCUCUUUUUCUUUGCUCCCUCAUGGAAUUUGAUGAUUUUUUGAAGUCAAAUCGCAAGAAAGGUGGGAAGGUUAAAGCUACUUGGGGCACACUCCCCUCCAGAAGGCCAUGCCAGUGUAAAAAUUUAUUUAACCUCCUGGUGUCAGUUGCAAGGAUUUUGUUGUUGUUGUUGUUGAUGUUGUUGUUGUUGUUGUUCAAUUUCUAGGAUUUGAAUACAGAGCUUUGCAUUGGCUUCUUUGUCUUCACCUUUUAACACUUUUCUUGUUUUAAUCCAGGUCCUUAAUAAAUGGCUAAAUUGCUGAGGCUCCCUUUAAUUUGUGAUGCUCCUGACUCAGCCUUCUAGACUGCUAGGAUUACAAGCCACACCACCAGACCCGGUCUCAUCAUAGUGUUGUUAAAAACUUAUUGGCUGAGCAAGGAAUGGUGAAAAUGCCUGUAAUGCCUGUACUCAAGUGGCUGAGGCAGCAGGGUUCCUAGGAAUUCCAUACAAGCCUGCAACAUAUUCUGAGUUCAGCUCAGGCUAAAAUGACACAGGGAGACCCUGACUAUAAAAUGAAAAUGACAAAAUAGGAAAAAAAAGGAAAGGAAAGGAAAGGAAAGGAAAGGAAAGGAAA